CGGCUUCGGUGAGAGCUGGGUGCUCAGGCGGCCUCGGGCCCACUGGGCAGCAGCGUGGCUCCAGGAUCCGAGCGGCUCUCGACGGCGCCGAGACCGCUGGUGGCAAGAGGUCGCACGGUGGCAUGUCGCUCUCUGGGAAGACGUUCGUCUCGCCUGGAGAUAAGGGCGCUCGCGUGAGGCACAGCGACGAGGACUACAUUAGGCUGUUGUCAUUCGACCGCGUCAUGGAGAAUCAGCAGUCGGGCAUCCACGAGCGCUUCGCCAAGAAGCUGCUCGACGAAAUGUCUUUGCAGAAGCCUCCCACGCCCGCGUACUUCACCUUCAAGCGCCACAUGGACAUGGUCGACAAGAUCGUCAGCUUCAACAAGCUGGACGUGAUGGCUUGCAGGCGGGAGGAGCUCGACGCGCGCCUGAAUGAGCUCGACGCGAUCAAGGAGUACUGGCCCUCGUCACGCAAGGAGCCCAUGGAUGAGCUCCUGGAGAGGCGCUUGGCCGACCUGGGGCACCUCAGCACGCAGAUGAACCAGCAGGCCAUUGCCACCAUACUCGCCGCCAUCGUUCCGUGGAAGCUCGGCGAUGAUAGCGUGCCGUCUGGUGACGAUGCCAUCUUUGACCCGAUGUCCCCUUGCCUUUACAUGAUAGACGGCAGCCGCGCCGAAAAGGCUACUCGCAUGCAGAACCUCCUGUUGCAGCACUGCCUCAUCCCGCUGAUCAGCACAGGGCCAGCUGCCACCGAGACGAUCCUAAUGUUUUGCAGUCGGUCGGUCAGCACCUUGUCUCAGAAGCCCGAGGAUCUGCAGGAGGAGUACUUGCAAGUCAUUCUGCCGUCCAUGCGGGUUCUGCGAGCGAUGGCUACGAUCUGCAAGCCGAACGAGACCGCUCACUUGGCUGACGCCCUGACACUGGUGUCUCCCAGCAUGAGCGCUACGAGCGACAAGAGCGGAGUGACGAUCAUGCAGGCAACCGGCGCCGUCCUUGUCGGCACGAAGUCCUGGGACACAAUCGUGGCAGACAUCAAGCAGAAGAGCCAGUCUACCAGGGACAACCUCCCGAAGUACAUGGAUGUCAUGGGGUCCUUGGAACAGAUCAAGGACGGCAAAGGCGAUCUACCGUGCGCUGCCGAGAUGAAGUCCCUCCUCGAGGACGGCAAGAAGCUCUUCAAUGAGGUGCGAGAAGGGAUGGUGACCAGCCUGAAAGUUACCAUCGGCAAUGCUUUGACCUACUUCGUAGAGAAGACGCUGGCGCCGCUCCGCGCUCAAGAUUCCAGCAUCGGCGAUGCGAUUCCCGACUUUUCCAAAGUAGACUUGAAGACCUUAGAAGAUAUCAUCAGUUCAGCCAACUCCUCCCUGGAGUACGCCAUCUUCCCUGCCGCCAAGUACAAGGAAGAGGUCGAGAGGUACAGCAAGGCGGCGCAAACUGCUGGAGUGAAGAUCAAGUUUAUCGAUGCGAUGCGUGUCAUCGAUGCCCAGUGGGUUCAGGAAGUGGUCGGCUCAGACUGCAAUGACUUCGCCCAGGCCGUGCGGGACGUGAGGGCCUUCGCUGGCGAGGUGGACCUCGAUGCGAACAGUCACUUCGACAUUAUUCUGAGCGGUGUAGAUACAGAGCCCAACUGGAUGAAGGAUGGCGCCAAGCAGUUGAUCGACUCCUGCAAAACCGUCUGCGGCUUCAGCGAUUUCAAGCGGCCCAUCGAUGACAAGUACACGCAGAAGUUUUGUGCGAUUUCGAAGGCUUACGAUGUACAUGACAUUCGCACGGCGUAUUUGAACUUGGGUGUCGACGACUCGUCCCGCCUGCAACAUCCUGAUGCUAUGAGGGUUUUGAAGGCACUUAGUUCUGGAGUAGCUGGCCUCAGAGAGUCUACCACGGGCAUGGAGGGUUGGCACAACACCCAGGCUGGACAAGAGCUCCAACGCUCGGCACAGGUGCUCAAGGCAGCGGAUGAGGCCGACUACGCGAAGCUCACCGACGAGGUGAACCAGCUCGUCAGCGACAUCGAUGCCGAGACCAAGAAGCAGGAGCCCGAGGGUGAGCGUUGGCUGAAGAAGGUCAAGAACAGUAACGAUACCAUGGCAACGAUCUUCAAGCUAUCCAAGAAGACCCUAUUCAAGCUCGACGGCACGAAGCUGGAGAAACUAGCCGAGAAGCUCCUGACGAAGAGCAAGACCGCCACCGAUAACAUAGAUCUCUUCGACAGAAAUGAGCCCCAUGACUUCACCAGCAAACUCGAGAUGGCUGCAAAGAAGGUCCAGCUGUACAUCCAUGAGGCCCAGUUCCUCUUGGGCUGGGACCAGUUCAAGCUCGACGAGGUGGGGCUCCACAAGUUCGCGAAGAAACUUGACAAAGACAUGCGCGAGUGGACUUUCCGCAACGUCAAGAUCGGCCUCCAGUUCGAGUCGCCGCUCGACUUGCGGCUCAAGGAGAUA